AUGCCGAAGAACAAGGGAAAGGGAGGUAAAAACCGACGUAGGGGUAAGAACGAGAACGACAACGAAAAGCGCGAACUCGUCUUCAAAGAAGAAGGCCAAGAAUACGCCCAAGUCGUCAAGAUGCUCGGAAACGGCCGUCUGGAAGCCCAGUGCUUCGACGGCGCCCGCCGUCUCGCCCAUAUCCGCGGCAAGCUGAGGAAGAAGGUCUGGAUCAACCAGGGCGACAUUAUCCUGCUGUCGCUGCGAGACUACCAGGACGAGAAGGGUGAUGUUAUUAUGAAGUACUCUGCCGACGAAGCCCGCUCAUUAAAAGCCUACGGCGAACUCCCCGAAAACGCAAAGAUCAACGAGACAGACACGUACGGCGACCAGGGCGACGAGGGCAUCGGUUUCGAGUUCGACGAGGACCGCGACGACAGCGAUUCGGACGAGGCCGACGGCACCGGCAAGAAGGAGAUUGAUAUUGACGACAUUUGA